AUGGAUUACCUUCUCACGAAGGCUAAAGAUUUCUUCGCGGAAGGAGAUCACAUACGUGCCUUGGCGAUCAUUGACGAAUUGAUUCUAGUCCAUACGGAGCCAAAGGAAUCAUGCGUUCUUCACUUCGAGCAAGGUAAACUGUUCAUAGAACUAGCGAAGAAAACAGAGAACCCUGAUGUUGAAUUCGCAUACGUAUUGGGAGCUGUAGCAUGCGUUUCCGAAUUUGUCAAGCUAUCAAAUUUCUGUGCACAUGGACUCUUCGAUUUGGCAAACCAGAGUGGGUUAGUCGUGUAUUACAAGAAAUCCUUGAAGAAAGCAAACCAGGCUAUAUCUAUCGCUCUCCCAUUCAUAGGCGAGGAUUCUGUUGCUGAAAGUUCUGUUGCUGAAAGGGCUAAGCGAGAGAAACUAAAGGAACGGUCUAAGAAACUUGAGGAUUUGAUCGAAAAGGCAGAGCUCAAGAUCGCUGAAUCCAAGACUUCUCCUUUAGAAAAAUGCGACUCAGAGUCAAAGAUUUGUGAGUCAAAGGUUUGCGAGUCAAAGAAAAAUCCAGAUCUGUUGAAGAAUGAGAAGAAAGAAUUGAGGCAGUAUUGGUCGGGAUUGGAUAUUAAGAUCAAAAGGGAGUUUUUGAAAGUAAGAACUGCAGAACUUUUAAGUUUUGCUGAGGGAGUACAUAACAGAAAGGCACGAGAUGCUUUGGAAGAAAUUCUCACUUCUGCUAAGGAAGACAGAAAAUGGAAAUUCUGGAUGUGUCGAACUUCAUGUUCGAAAAAGUUUUCUAGUGCUGAAGAAUGUAGGAAUCAUCUUGAGCAAGAACAUGCUGCAGAUUUUAAACCUUCUUCAGAAAAGGAUAUGGUCAAGAGGAUAGGGAAAGACUGGGCUCGUAAGAUAUCGCCUGGAGCUUGGGAACCAGUGGAUGCAGUAGCAGCUGUUGAAAUGUUCAAGAACCCGCUUGCAGAUGUGAAAACGUUUAAAUCUAAUAAUGGAUGGUCAAAAGAAUGGCCUUUAGCUGUGGACGAAGAGCGCAGUAAGUUACUCAAGGAAAUCAAAUCCCUCCUUAUGUCGGUUCAUGACCAUAAAGUUCUCUCCUCUAGCAUUCGAAACUGGCUGAUAAGUUUUCCGGUUAGACAUCUUGGAAAACUUGAAGUUUCCGAACAGACUUUUGAUGAUUUUCAUCUAGUGAAAACUCCUCAGAGUAUCUGCUUUUUGGAAUGUCAUGACCUCAUUCACAUCCGAGACUUUCUAAAAACUAUUAAGUGCGAAAGGGAUGAUGGUACAGAUCUGGUUUCCAGAGCAGUGGACAGUUUCUUGAGUCGUACUCGAGUUAAAGAACCGAUCGACUUUGACCCUGAAUUUUCAGUUCUGCUUCUGGAUAAAAGACUGUUAAAAAGCAAUUAUGCUCCAUGUGAUGAUGAAGGGACCAUCAAUGUUUUCGAUCCCGAUGUUCAUUACGCCAAGGCACAUGCUCAGGGAGAUGAUAUCAUAUCCUGGUUAGUUGACUACGCAUCAGUAGAUAAGAUCUUUCCCAGACCUAUCAGGGAACACAAUCUAGAUAUCUGGGUGGCUGUUCUGAGAGCUGUUCAGUUCACAUGUAGAACUUUGGGAACCAAAUAUGCAAAGAAAGUGCAGGUCUUAGAUUAUGAUGCAGCUCUUACUGUCAUUGAGAACUUGUGUAAGAGCGAAGAUGAAAGAAGAAGGAAUCUUCAGGAAGAGCAAUGGAAUAGAUAUGCAUCUCUUCUAUGCGAUAAAUGUGAAGAGAGUGUCCCCGCAAAUUCCCUUAGUGCAAAAUUACUCUUGUGUGCUGUACGAGAUGUUCUCGAAGGAGCAUCGCAUCCAAAAUAUGAUAUGCCCCAUUUAGAAGAUUGCCUGCGUAGCAUACGUGAGGGUAUAAGUCGCAGUGAUAAUUUAGUGUUGAACUCCAUACACCUCCUGAAAUUAGUGGUCGCCCAGAAGGUUCAUUUCGUGAUUUGA